GUGCCACUUGAACCGAACAAGCUCGACUAAAGAUUCUAACCGGAAAGUAAACAAACGCAACCCCGGAUCGACUUGCCACCAACGUUACUGUCCCACGUUGUUACUUUGCUACACUUCGUCUCUCUCUCUCUCUCUCACAUAUACAUUCUUACAUCUUUUUUUCUCUCUUUCCGGCGCACUUUCACCGAUCUCAUCGGCAUGAGUACCGGCGAGCUUCUCAGCAUCGAGCCUCAGGAGCUCCAAUUCCCAUUUGACUUGAGGAAGCAGAUCUCGUGUUCCCUUCAGCUGUUAAAUAAGAGCGACAAUUUUGUGGCUUUCAAGGUUAAAACAACGAAUCCAAAAAAGUACUGUGUUAGGCCUAAUACUGGAGUUGUGUCGCCUAGGUCCACAUGUGAUGUUAUUGUUACAAUGCAAGCACAAAAGGAGAUGCCUCCCGAUAUGCAAUGCAAGGACAAAUUUUUACUUCAGAGUGUAGUUGCAAGUCCUGGGGCUACUUCAAAGGAUAUUAAUGCAGAGAUGUUCACUAAGGAAGCACAGCAUCUUGUUGAAGAGUGCAAAUUGAGGGUUGUUUAUGUUGCUCCACCUAGACCACCAUCACCAGUUCGAGAAGAAUCAGAGGAAGCUUCUUCACCUAGAGCUUCGGUGUCAGACAAUGGAAAUCUGAGUGCUUCUGAACGUACAAUUGUUUCAAAAGCUUAUCUUGAGAGACACGAGCCUCAAGAUAAUUCAUUUGAGGCAAGCUCCCUGAUUUCCAAGCUGACUGAGGAGAAAAAUUUUGCUAUUCAGCAUAACAAACAGCUUCGACAAGAAUUGGAGCUGUUGAGGCAUCAGUCCAGAAGAAGUCGUGGCGGUAUCUCAUUUAUAUAUGUUGUUUUUGUUGCCUUGCUGGGUGUCAUUUUGGGGUACCUCAUGAAAAGGACAUGAUUAAUCAAGUUGCUGCCAUUGCCUUCAGUUUCACAUCCUGGAAUGUAAACUGUUCAAGACAUGAUUGGUGGAAUUCCUCUUUAUUGGUCUAUAUGGUUAUGACCCAAGAGAAACAUGAUGUUGUGACCGGUGACAGGGAAUUGUUGUUCAUUGUAUUAUUGUUACCAACUGUUGAUGGUAAGUUUAGAGAAUUUAAUAGGUUCUGUAAUUGCUAGUCCAACCUAACUAAAUUGUGACCUUCUGAUGAAUAUUCCUUGCCCAUCUUUCCUCUUUCCACUUUAUGUUGAUAGCGUGUUUGUAAUUUUCA